UGCAACGUGGAAAACGCCUGCUACAGCCUCGGGGUGUGCGCCGAGCGCACGGCCAUCCAGAAGGCCAUCUCCGAGGGACACACCAGCUUCAGGGCCAUGGCCAUCGCCAGUGACAUGGGGGACCACUUCAUCGUGCCCUGCGGUGCCUGCAGACAAGUGAUGAGAGAGUUUGGCACAGACUGGAACAUCUACUUGACCAAAACGGACGGCACCUACGUCGUCAAGACGCUGGAGGAGCUGCUGCCGCUCUCCUUCGGCCCCGAGGACCUGAAGAAGGUGUGA